CCCAUUCUUCAAACACAUUCUCUCAUUUACACUUCUUCUUCUUCUUCACGAAAACAACUCAAUUAUUCUCCUUUCUUUGCUUCAAUCAUGUCUGAGAAACAGCCCCAAUUGAACGGCGCCUAUUACGGCCCAGCCGUCCCACCACCCACCAAACACUACCACCGCCCCGGCCGUGGCUCAGGCUGCGGCGGCUGCUGCUGCCUUUUCACCUUCUUGCUCAAAAUCAUCCUCUCCAUCGUCGUCAUCGUCGGCCUCGCUGCCUUGAUCGUUUGGCUCAUCUUCCGUCCCAUUAAUCCCAUCAAGUUCCACGUCACCGACGCCCAAUUAACCGAGUUCAACCUCACCUCCAACAACAAUCUACAAUACAAACUUGCAGUCAACAUCACCAUUCGCAACCCCAAUAAAAAGAUCGGUAUUUACUACGACCGUAUCGAAGCCAGGGCUUAUUACGAGAAUCAGAGAUUGGCUUCGCAGAUGUUGACUCCAUUUUAUCAGGGCCACAAGACCACCAGUGUUUUGAGUUCAACUUUUGAUGGUCAACAGAUUUUGCUGGGUGAAGAUCUUCAGGAUUUUAACCAGGAAAAGACUUCUGGAAUUUACAGCGUUGAUGUGAAACUUUACUUGAAGAUUAGAUUCAAGUUGGGGAAGAUCAAGACGCCAAAGUUGAAGCCGGUUAUCAAGUGUGAGUUGAAGGUUCCUUUGAAUUCUGGGGACUCGACUUCUAAUUUUACAGCUACGAAAUGCGAGGUUGAUUUCUGAUUAUGACUAGAGGGGAUAUUGUUUAUGGAUUUUUCAUUGUUUUUGGUUUUUAUUAUUCUUUUGUUUUUUAGCAUACACAUUAUUAUUUUAUAGAUAAACACAUUAUUUAUGUAUAUUUUAUUUGAGCUAUUGCUCGAUUCCAUGUUCA